UAGACACGCUUAUAAGUAACUUGAUCUGCGAGACGACAGGUCCCCUCCGACUGUUUCGAUUUGUAAAAUAAAUUAAAAUAUGCAUAAAUGCGCAAACUCCCGGGGACACCAUUGAAGUCCCGAGGCAAUUUCCGACCAUCACCCGCCCGCCUUCCUUUUCUCCCCACGACGCUUCAAGGUAACCCGGUAAUCCCGCGCAGCAGUUCUCUAUCUACGAGAUUCCUCAACUUCUCAUUCAACAAUGGCCAAAGCAAAGGGCAUCGUCGGUUUUUGGUGCGGAAAGAUGAAUUCCGAUUCCGGGACAUCAAAUGGGCGUUUUUAAGGGUUACAAAUUUCACCACCAGUUUCCUUCUUAAUGGAGGUGCAUUUUGUAACUCCUUAACGGCCAAUCUCGCACCUUUAAGAAACCAUGGAUGUGCUUAGGAUAGCGUGGUUUUCUCCUUUCAAUCGGAAAUCUGAGAGAAGAAGAUGGGGGCGAGUCAGUGGACGACUCUGGUCAGGCAGGCCAAUUGGGUUAGAAGACAGCCUUUGAAAACGAAGGCGGUUUUCGGCGCUGCUGGUGCGGCUGCUGUACUGCUGUUGCUUUAUGUCUUCGUUAACGAUUACAGGGUCAUUUUCUUCACAGCCGAGUUAUCUCAGGCGGCAGGCAUCUCGUUCCUCAUCUAUAAGCUCAUUAAGGACCGCACUUGCGCCGG